CUCUCUCUCUCUCUCUCUGGGUUUUUUUGGUAGUCUUGCGUUGCUUGUCUUGUCGGUGCCGUUGAAGACUGAGAGUUUACGACUGGGAGGAGGGAGUGAACCGAAUCCUGGACCGGAAUAUGAGCUGACCCUCACUGACUGUCUUCGUCUUCUACAUCCAUUCCACGCCCAGAUCAAUGAAAUUCAUUCAAAAAGAUGGCUUACAGGAGGCAGCGGCAGCAGCAGCAGCAGCAGCAACAAUCGGAGAAGCCAUUUGCUGAGUUCAAUUCCUCAUCAUCCUCCUCAUCAUCUUCGCUGGCCGCAAAAGCCAUUAUAGCAUCCUCCGCCCACGCCCAGUCUUCUCUCUCCUCUGCUUACACUUACGCUCCCCCUUCCUACAAGGAUGACGACGAUGAUGAUGGUGAUGAUGCUGAUGCUCCGCCUAUCCACUCCGCCAAAGCUCCCGAUGAGCCCAAGCAGGGAUUUUGGGGUGCUCUUGCUAGGAAAGCCAAAUCCAUUCUUGACGAUUCGGCAGAUCCACCUUCCCCGCGUCAGCCUAUAGCGGACCAGCUCCCCACUCCAUCUCCUCCGCCCAAGAGCCGACCGAAACAAGAAAGCCCUCCUGCGUUUCAGAAAGGAAUCGGUGCCAUUGCUUCCUCUCUUAAUUAUAUUGGUAACGCGGUGGAGGAAGGUAUUAAUAUCGUGGAAAAUCGUGCAGCCAACAUCAUUCAAGAAACGCGCAAGCAUGUAAAGAAAAAACCUAGCAGGUUUGAGGAACGGAACAAGAGACUGAACCAGCAUAAUCCAUUGCAACAACCCCAAACCCUAUCACAGAUGCAAUCAGAGCAGGAAAUUCAAUUGAAGGCUUCUCGCGACGUUGCAAUGGCCAUGGCUGCCAAAGCAAAGCUUCUUCUUCGGGAGCUGAAAACUGUCAAAGCAGAUUUUGCUUUUGCAAAGGAGCGAUGUGCUCAGCUAGAAGAAGAAAAUAAAAUGCUUCGGGAAACUCGUGGAAGAGGUGAAAGCCCAGAAGAUGAUGAUUUGGUGCGACUUCAACUUGAGACACUUCUAGCAGAGAAAGCUCGGUUGGCACAUGAGAACUCAGUAUAUGCACGUGAGAAUCGUUUCCUGAGGGAAAUUGUGGAGUACCACCAGCUCACCAUGCAGGAUGUGAUAUACUUGGAUGAGAAUGCAGAAGAAGUCAAUGAAGUUUACCCUUUGAAAGUGCCCCUGGUCUCUAAUUUACCCGCCGGUGCUGCUUCUGUGCCUCUUAACUCACUGUCUUCUGCCUCUCCCAAGGGUGCUCAUGGCACAAGCCAGGAAGCGACAUGGACUUCUCAUCCCUCACUAUUGCCAGAACCUGUGGAGCCUGUUGGACGUGCCAGACCAGCUGGCUCUUGAGUCAGCUUUCAUGGUGAUGAAAGAUGGAGGUAGAUCACAGAACUGCUUUUGAAAGAGCAAAUUGUAUGGAACGAUGGAUAAUUUUAACAAAGAUGUCCCGACUCCUCUUCUCCUCC